GUGAUAUUUACGUUGGUAUUUUUCUACUUCACUUCCAACAUCGAACGUAGCCUAUCAAUAUGAGGCACCAAGGCAUCGAUGUCAUCCGGUCACGGGUUGUCCUCUAUCUUAUCUGACACGCAACCUGCGACGAUCCAACUCCUGAUGCUCAACUUCUGCAAGGCAAUUAUUCUAUCAACUGAUAUGAUGCUCAUGGUUUCUCGUUUAGAUUGACUGUUACUAAUGCUAUUGUCUUCUGAGACUGUCCCACUGACUGUAGCAUACUAACUACCCUCACUCUCUGUUAUGCCUCGGGCAUCCGAAACAGAGGAAGCACCCAUGUUACCUCUCCCAGGAGCACCAUCUUCCUCAUGGGCACUUUUUCGCGAACGGUUCAAGGCCAUAUUCAGCGGUGCUGACCCGAGAGUCUGCAUCGCAUUCUGGCUGUUUGGCUUAAUCAACAACGUCCUCUAUGUGAUCAUUCUCUCUGCGGCCCUCGAUUUGGUCGGGCCUAGCAUUCCCAAGGGCCUCAUUCUUCUUGCCGAUGUCAUUCCCUCGUUUCUGACAAAGCUCGUCGCCCCGCACUUCAUCCAUGUGGUACCGUAUUCGCUUCGGACCUUGAUCUUUGUAUUUCUUUCGGCUGUUGGCAUGCUCGCAGUUGCAUUGAGCCCUUCAUACGAAGACGGUGGCGCUAUAUCGAGCAAAAUCGCGGGAAUCAUUCUGGCCAGCUUAUCAAGUGGCGGUGGAGAACUGAGCUUUGUCGGAUUGACCCAUUUCUACGGACCGUUCAGUCUGGCAGCUUGGGGAAGUGGUACAGGUGCAGCGGGACUGGUUGGAGCCGGGGCAUAUGCACUCGCCACCACGUCGAUGGGAUUGAGUGUUAGAACAACCCUGUUGGCGUCGGCGUGCUUGCCUGCUGUCAUGCUGGUGAGCUUCUUCGCAGUGUUGCCACGAUCACAGCUGCUUUCGAUAGUACCUAAAUAUCAAUCCGUCGGGGAGAAUGAACAAUUGGUACAGCCUCGUGAGCUUGGUGGCGAGGACGACCGUGAAAUGCACGGUGAGCAUGACGGAUUGCUCGGAUCCUCGGUUCGCGAGGCAGAGGACCAGAAAUCAAUCCAGUCCGCCCGUGGUGCUCUCGGAUGGGAGAAUAUCAGGAUAAAUCUGCGUCGUGUUCAGGGACUUUUCUUUCCAUUUAUGCUUCCACUUCUGCUAGUGUUUAUCGCAGAGUACACCAUCAAUCAGGGAGUUGCCCCGACUAUGCUCUUCCCGCUUAAAGAAACGCCAUUUGAGCACUUCCGUGCGUUCUACCCGACCUACAAUGCGAUCUACCAGGUUGGCGUCUUCAUCUCACGCUCAUCGACCCCAUUUUUCCGUAUCCACAACCUGUAUCUGCCCUCCAUCCUUCAGGUGGUGAAUCUGGCCGUGUUGACCCUGCAUGCCCUAUUUAACUUUAUCCCCAACGUGUACAUCAUCUUUGCGAUCAUCUUCUGGGAAGGGCUUCUGGGAGGACUAGUCUAUGUCAACACAUUUGCGGAGAUUGGAGAUCGCGUUCCCAUCGAAGACCGCGAGUUUUCUCUUGGGGCCACGACAGUCAGUGACUCGGGAGGCAUCUGCAUUGCUGGGUUUGUUAGCAUGGUGUUUGAAGUGUGGCUGUGUGAUUGGCAGACUGCGCAUGGGAGAGAUUACUGCCGCAAGCUAUAAUAAUGUAUAGUCCAAUGAGUAUAUAGGCCAAUGCUGUACAGCCUGUCCAUCGGCGUCUGACUUGUUCAGGUGCAUGCGCUUAUGGCGUCAUGGGAUUGACAUGUGAUAGUGUACUGGACUCGAUUUGGAUAGAUGGUAGUACUCGAUACGGGAGCUAAAUGGCUUAGUAGACACAUUUAUUACUUAUUUC